AAGGAAAACAUUCUGCUCUAAUCAGUACAGAUCAACAGACGUCCAGGAGAAAUUUGGAGAUAACCAAAAAAAUAAUUGGAAAAACAAAAACACAGCAGUUGUUUGUAAAUUUUGAGAAAUAAAAAAAAUGGCUUCCAUGAAAUACUUGUUGGCUUUGGCUGUUGUUGCCACUUUGGCCAAUACUGCCUUUGCUGUCCACUGCUAUCAGUGCACCUCGUUGACCAAUAAAAAAUGCGAGGAUACAUUUGAACCUGAGGAAAGUAUGAAGAUCGAUUGCAACAAAUUAACUCCCGCCAAUGUUUUGACCUCAUUUUUGGGAGUCGGCAAUCAUAACGCUACCGGCUGCAUGAAACAAGCAUUGGAAACUAAAGUCAGUGGCACCUACAUUACACGUUCCUGUUACUUUGGUGACAUUAGCAGCAAUAAUGGAUGCAAAAUUGAUGUCAAGGAAAAUCCAUUUACUUCAGAAGUUGCUUGUGAUGUCUGCUCCGGCAAUCUUUGCAAUGGUUCCUCAGGCAUGGCUCCCGUUGUCAUUGCCAUCGCUGCCUUCUUUGGUUUGGCACGUGUACUCUCCUAAAUGGGAAGUUCUUCCAAGAUGAUGGAACGAUUUGAAAAUUUGAAUGCUAAAACAUUUUGGCCUUUAUUUGUUUUGUUAUUAUUUUAAGAAGGAAUUUUCAUUUUUAUUUAUUAUUUUAUACAAACAUUUAUGAUUGUUU